AUGUCUGCAGAUUUGGGGAAAAAUGAGCCAGAAGUAUCUGGAAACAAUAACGAUGUUCGUUCUGAUGAUGGCACCCAAACCCAGACCCAGACUCAGACUCAAACAUCACAGCCAUUUUCACAGGGAUUAACACAAAAUGACACAGCAGGAUCUCCAUUUAAAUUUCCAUUUUCAAAAAAAACAACCUUUGCCAUAAAAAUCAAUGGAGGAGCUAUGUCUGAUCCCAAGCCUGAGCGAUUUAAAAGUGGUGGAAUCAAAGUCCGCUCAGGGGGAGCAUCAACAAACUUUACUGAUGUGCCAACAGACCAUUUUACCCAAAACAGUUCACAACCUUUGGAAGAUUCUACUCAAAAUGAUUAUGCUGCAACUCAGGAACUUACACAAGCAUCUCAGAAACAUCACCCUCAUUUUACCCAGCCAUCGCCUCCUAAGCCACUAACUAUCAUCCAAGAAGAACACGAAAGCUUUCUUUCCAUCCUGUCCAUAAACAGUAAACCUUUAAUCAUUGAAAGAAAAUCAACAAUACAACACAACCCAAGGCUUUUUUUACCACCUGAGCCAGAAGAUCGGCUAGAGGAUGAAACUCAAGCACUUAAUGAUAACGACAAUAUUAUUAUUCCAGCAACACAACCUACUAAUGACUCUCCAACAAGAGGAACCGAAGACACCCCCCAACCAAAAUCAAGCCCAGUUCAUGAAAAUCAAACCCAAGAUGUUGAAGAUAAUGGAAACAAAUUAUAUAUGCAAUCAUCUCCCAUAGUUAUUCCCAAUACACCACUUUCGGCAUCCCAGGCAGGUAUUUCGCCAAUUCCAACUCCAAGUUCUUUUGGUCGUUUUACGAAAAACGGACAUGACAACCAUGGAUACCCUAACAAUUUUUCAACUCCAGCUAUUAAAAGAUUUCAAACUACCCAGCAAGUAGCAGAAACACAGGCUCUGGAUGAUGAUGAACCUUCGUGUGAUUCUAUUAAAUAUACUCCAACAAUUGGCGAAUUCAAUUCAAUAAGAAAAAAACAAGACAGCGGCGAAUCCGUUGAUACCACUGCAUCAUAUUAUAAGUACACUGAAGAUUCACAAACUAUUAUUCGCAAAAGGUCUACCAAACACACUGAAAAAAGUGGCAAUGAAGAUCUCCAGUCGUGUGCAUCUGAAAGUAUCUCCACUUCUAGAGAAACUGAAAAGUCUGCCAGCAGUAACAUUUUCCCAGAAACUCAAGCCAUGGAUAACCAUAUCACUAUUCCAGAAACUCAAGCUACAGAUAAUCAUUUUGUUCCUGAGACCCAAGCAACAUAUAAUCAUUUUACACCUGAAACUCAAUCAACAGAUCACCGAUUUUUUGUACCUGAAACCCAGCCUCUUUCGAGUCCAAUUCAAAGCCAGCGUCAUUAUCAUCAGGAAACUCAACUUUUACAAUACGAGCCUGAAAAUACCAUACAAUCCUUAAAUGAUGAAAACAAAUCACUCAAGCAUCUGAAUGAAAGCUUACCGGAACACCAAGAAACGAAUUCACCCAAACACCUAGAAAAAUCACUCAGCCCAUUACAAGAAACUUCUCCACAAGAACACAUCAGUGAUAUCAUAGGUAUUCAGGAAUUAGAUGAGAAUAGUCAGAGAGGGUUUUUAGAAGAAGCAACACAGAGGUUGAAAAAGCCUGAACCUGAACCUGAACCUGAGUCAACUAAUGAAUUUCGUAUUUCUAGCUCCGGUUCAGUAACAUCUCCACAGCGUUCAAUGGAAAUUUCUGAGCCAUCCAAUAGCUUUAAGAACAAAAACGAAGAAAUGAAUUCCAAACAAAAUAUGGUUUUAAAGAAGAGUUCAGCUCAACAAACUGACUCUGGAAUGUCUCAAAAUCCAAUUAUAGGCUCACGUCAAACUAGGCGAAAGUUGAUCAAUUGUGAAGAUAGCGAAUAUGAUAAUUCCAAAUCUCUUGCAAGUGGGUCUUCUAAGACAAACUCUAACUUAACUCGUUCUCUAAAACGCAUAAAGCCAAAUGAAACUACACCUGAUCAACAAAAAGCUUCAAAAAAUGAUACCAAUGCAGUGCCACAAACACCUCCGUCACCAUCUGUAUCGCCAAUUAGCAGAAUGUCCAAAUCGCCUUCUGUAACACAACCUAAUGAUUUCAAGUGCAGGACACCAGAAACUGAUCAGGACAUGGAUAGCAUAGUUGCAUUACGAUCCGAAUUCCCUACCCCUGUCAUCCCAAAUUCUAAGCGAAAUCCCAUUGACUCUAUCAAAAGUUCGUGGAUUCGUGAUAAAGAACGAUAUUACCCUGCAAUGCUGAUGGUAGAAAAUUCUAGUAUUUCUUCUUCUGAGUUAAAAGCUGUAUUUAAAGAUGGUUUCGACUUUGUUAUUCAGAAAAAAGAUCUUAUUCCCCUUAAUCUCGGAAUUGAUCAGCAGAUAAAAUGUCUUAAUAACAGCAAAGUUAUCUAUACUAUUGUGGAGUUAUUUGAUUCAACAACCGAAGAAGGAGAAAAGCGUUUGAAAGAACUUAAACUGUUGAAAUCCCAACUGCCAGCUAUUACAAAAUCAAAUCGCUCUAAACGAGCUAAAUCAGGGAAUCAAUCAGAAGAACCAAAUCAAGGUGAUAAACAGGAAGAUUUGGUGAAAAUUGUUGAUAACUCUGGAAAUGAUUAUGCUGUACUGAAAGAAGCUUCUUCGACUGGUCGCAAGGCGUCAAACAAGAAUAAUCAAAUCAGCAGCGAGCUGGUUCUUGCUAAGAUUUCUGAAUUAUAUUUGACUCGCAAGCUGGGCUUAAAGUAUAUCAAGGAAAUGCAGCCAGUUCAAGAAUCGUUUGCUUCAUUUGAUUCAGCACAUAUUUUUAAUCUUUAUCAAGUCCGUGCCGAGUCCACUACAACAGAAGAAAUGCCCAUGUCUAGCAUUUAUUUUCAAAACCCUAAGCGUAAAUCUGCACGAAUUUCUGAAGGAACCUACUAUGAAAGUCCUGACGAGGAUGAGCCAAGCAGAUUUUCUGUUGAAGAUGAUUUGCAAUCAUUUUCUUCAAGCACUCGUAGCAUUCCUUCUAAUUCUGUGCCAGUUUUAGAGAGGCUGGAAUCUGUAUAUUCUGGAAUUUUUUCUGGUUGUAUUUUCACUAUUACUCACACAGAAAAAAAUCAAAAGGAUAUGAAGGAAGAAGAAAAGUACGUCAAUAAUUUAGAGAAGAAAAUCCAGAAACAAGGUGGUAUUGUUUUAGUCAAAGGGUUUAAAGAAAUUCUGGAUAUUAACGAAAAAGAAUUUCGUAUAUCAUGGGCAAAACGCAAGAAGCCAUCAAAUUCUCGCAAAGGCUCAACUGAUUUGCCUUUGAUGCAAGCUUCAGUGUACGGGCUUCGGGGGAGCCGUAUGCUAGAGCGUAGCAAAUCUCUUCCCGGACGCUCAGCCAACCGCCAGUCAGCUCCUUCCACUCUUGUUGACACUGAAAGUGAAGAAGAUCCAACUCUCGCAAUAAAUCCUGGGUAUAGGUUUGCUGCUGUUUUGGCAAAUGAGGCCACAAGAACCCUCAAAUAUAUGGAAGGGCUGGCUCUAGGAAUACCCUGUUUAUCAUGGCAAUAUGUUGAAGAUUGCAUUACUGAUCAACGAUUAAUUGAAAACUGGGUCGAUUAUGUUCUCGCAGCUGGUGGCUCCUCAGUGCUUGGUGGUGUGCAAAAGAGUCUAAACGUUUCCAAUUUCCGUAACAUAUGGCUUCAAAACCGAUCUCUGUAUUACCAGUUUUUGCAUCGGAAACCACUUUUUAACAAACUCAAUACACCCAUUUACCUCAUCGAAGAUCUGAACCUAGCCCUCCAACUUCAUCAAAGAGGUACAGAUAGCUUGUCAAAUAAUGUAAAUGACGUCUUAGAUCGCUCGCGCUCAGGAUCCACCACCAAAUCUGCAGCCAGUUGUACCGAGCCAAAUAAAGUUUUUCGGUCGCUGUUACUAAUGCUUGGAUGUGAGUCGCGCAACAUAUCUGUGGCUUCCAAAAUUAAUGACAUCUCGGUGGAUGAAAAGGAAGGUGCCAUUGUUAUUUUUAACUGCGCUGAAGAAAAGCUGGGAAAGUAUUCUCAAACGACUAAGCGUGAACAUGUAAACGCUCUGAAUCAAAAGAAAAGUCUAGAUGGUGCUGUGCUUUUUUUUAAUCGCGAAUGGAUUCUUCAGAGUAUUAUCAAUCAGCGUAUAGUGUAA